AUGACUCGCUCCGACUUGCGAAAGCUGACGAAAAGGGAACGUCAAUUGCUAGAUGUGAUAGAAUCCAUUGAAGAAUUUGUGCAACAAUAUCAAGAUGAGCGUGACAAAGGAUCGGUCCUGGCGAGAUUGAAAAAGUUGGAACAAGUAUAUGAUGAGUAUUGUGACGUGCGCGGUGAUAUAGAAAUUGUACUGGAAGAAUGCGAUACCGAUGACGAUACCGGCAAGGAUGAGGCAGCUGCAACAUUGUCGGCCGUAACUAAGGCUCAGCGAACUGCGGCUAAAAUAGCAGAUAGUAGAGCGCAGAAUUCAAAGAUUCUGAAAGCAUUUGUAAACCGCUACUUCAAGUUAAAGCAAUCACUAGAAAUGGUUUUGCACGAGGCUAGUUCAGGUGUUCAGAAUACUUUAUCUACACCGACUAACACUCCGGCAACAGCAUCUGCCUUGCGAGUCAAGCUACCGGAACUGACGAUACCGACCUUCCGAGGAGCUCAUAUGGAGUGGAUCACCUUUAGGGACACCUUUAAAAACCUGAUAGGUGACAAUCCGCAUCUAUCUGACAUCGACCGGUUCACUUACCUUCGCACUUCGCUAGCAGGAGAGGCACUCCAGCAAAUCGCAUCGAUUGAUCUCACUGCAAACAAUUACUCUGUUGCGUGGAAUUCGCUUGAGUCACGUUACGAAAACAAAAAGCUGCUGGUUAAAUCCCACCUAGAUGCUCUCUUUGCAGUCAAUUCAAUGAAGAAGGAAUCAUUCGAAGCACUCAAUUAUGUCAUUGGAGAGUUUGAAAAACAUCUCCAGAUGUUAAAGAAACUCGGAGAAAACACGAACGCUUGGAGCACGCUUUUGGCAUACAUGCUCGCAAGCAAGCUUGAUUCAACAACGCUACGUUUAUGGGAAACAGAGCAUCGAUCAACCGAUGUUGCCACAUACGAUGAUAUGAUCAAAUUCCUGUCGAACCACAGGACAGUGUUGCUGUCGAUUUCGGGCGAAAAUCGGGUAUCAGCAGAACCAAAGAGACAAUUCAAGGUCAGCAGCAGUUAUUCGGUCCAGCAGCAAUCGUGCCCUUUCUGCGACGAUGAACAACAUUUCGCGUACCAAUGCAAACGGUUUAAAGCAAUGAGGGUGGAUGAACGAAGAAAUGCAGUGAACAGUAACAACUUGUGCUUCAAUUGUCUUGCUCACGGCCACACUUCCAAAUUUUGUUCGCGUGGCACAUGUCGUGUUUGCGGACAGCGGCAUCAUUCAUUGUUGCAUAUCAACAUUCGCACUAAUGAACAGCAAGCAUUGGAAUCGAAUAAGCGCUCGCAACAAAAUGAACAGAACCCACAAUCAAAUCAGACACUCUCAAUCGCACAACAAAAGAAGCCAACUCUACCCAGUUCCCAGCAAUCCUUUUACCAAUCUCCCGAACCUUACGUUCCUGUUACAGGCCCAAACAUGCAAACGCCACCCCAUACUGACUCUCCUAAUGUUGUACUCACUGCCCAAGAAAUCAAGUCAUCGCGAUCAGUCUUGCUGGCAACUGCGGUCUUGAUUCUUGAAGAUAAUUUUGGAAAUACUAUGCAAGCUAGAGCACUACUUGACAGUGGCUCUCAGCUCUGCUUUGUUUCAGAACGCGCAGCGCAACGAUUGAAAUUCAAGCGUUCUCGUGAAACACUCUCGAUAAGCGGCAUUGGUCAAGUUUCAAAACAAUGUAAACAAUCCAUCUUUGCUCGGAUUCGAUCUCGUAUUUCAUCGUUCAUUGGAGAGGAGAUUUUCUAUGUGCUUCCACAAGUUACGUUGAACCUUCCCAUCCGGAGGAUAGAUUCCACUAGUCUACAACUUCCGGACGGCAUCGCCCUUGCAGACCCACACUUUAUGGAACCUGGCGGCAUUGAUGUUAUCAUUGGGGCAGGUUUAUUCUUCGAUCUGUUACACCACGAAAAGAUUAGAUUGGGUGAGGAUGGACCAAUCGCACAAAACACAACGCUUGGUUGGAUUGUUUGCGGAAACCUUCCUGUCGAGACCGACGCUCGCAGACCACAUGUCGCAAACGCAUGCACCGAGCGACUAGAUGAUUUAUUGACACGAUUCUGGGAAUUAGAGUCAUGUAAAACGAAUAGUAUAUUGUCUCUGGAGGAAUACGCUUGUGAAAAACUGUUUGACCGCACGACAGUGCGUGACGCAACUGGGCGGUUCAUUGUUACGCUUCCCAAGAAGGAUUUUCUUAUUCGUCAACUUGGAGAUUCAAAAUCUUCGGCGUUGCGACGCUUUUUGUCUCUGGAACGCCGCCUAGAUCUAAAUCCCGAACUAAAGCUGAUGUAUAGUGAGUUCAUCCAUGAAUAUCUUCGCAUGGGACAUAUGGAGGAGGUAGUUGCUGAUGAAGAGGACGCUGCGUUGCCACAGUACUUCAUCCCGCAUCAUUGCGUUAUUAAGGCCGAUAGUACUACCACAAAACUGCGAGUCGUUUUCGACGCAUCGUGCAUCACGUCGACCGGGGUAUCCCUCAAUAAUGCGUUAAUGGUCGGACCUACGGUUCAGGACGACAUCAUCUCGAUCGUUCUUCGUUUCCGACUUCAUCGGAUUGCCAUCGUAGCGGACGCUGAAAAAAUGUAUCGCAUGGUAUUGCAACAAUGGGCGGACCGAAAAUUGCAUAAAAUCUUCUGGCGAGACCAUCGAAGCGAUGACAUUCGAGUGUUUCAGUUAAAUACCGUCACAUACGGGACAGCGUCGGCACCCUACUUGGCAACAAAAUGUCUCAAGCGACUAGCAGAACUGGACGGACAUAAAUAUCCUAACGCAGCGAGAAUCUUAGCCAAGGACUUUUAUGUCGACGACAUGAUGACCGGCGUUGAUUGCGUUGAAGAUGGGGUCAAGCUGUGUAGUGAUAUGCAACAACUGAUGAAAGGUGGAGGGUUUAAUUUGCGAAAAUGGAGUAGCAAUUGCCCCGCCGUUCUGGUAAAGAUACCUGCGGAGUUACACGACGACCGCGUCUCUUUCGAACUCGAUGAUUCAAGUGCCACUAUAAAAACCCUAGGACUGAUCUGGGAGCCCAGAAUAGAUGUAUUUCGCUUUAAAGCUCCGGAAUGGACUUCAUCGGCAAUAUGCAAACGAACGGUCAUUUCCGACUUAGCAAAAAUAUUCGAUCCUAUCGGACUUAUUGCUGUCGUGAUCGUUUCUGCUAAAAUAUUCGUCCAAACUCUCUGGAAGCAGAAAGUUUCUUGGGACGAACCUCUGCAGGGCGAUCUCCAAACCCAAUGGAUCGAGUUUCGAACCAGUUUAUCAAAACUAGAAAUGUUGCAGAUUCCAAGAUGGAUCGAAUUUCGGAAGGAUUGUCUCUCGCUAGAACUCCACGGCUUUUGUGAUGCGUCAACGAAAGCCUAUGGAGCAUGUAUAUAUGUACGAUGUAGACAUACUGAUGGAACAAUCACGUCUAAUCUGUUGGUAGCCAAAUCACGAGUUGCCCCACUCGCAGAACUGGAAAAGAAGAGGAAACAACUGACAAUUCCUCGAUUGGAACUGUCUUCCGCCGUUUUAUUAGCUCACCUUUACGAGAAAACGGCUGCAAGUAUUUCGGUGUCUGCUCAAGCAUAUUUCCACACCGAUUCUAUGAUCGUGAGGUAUUGGUUGUCAUCAAACCCAUCCCGCUACCAAAUGUUCGUCGCUAACAGGAUUUCUGAAGUGCAACAUCUCACUAAAAACGGAACAUGGAGACACAUAGCCGGCACAGAUAAUCCCGCAGAUUUUCUAUCACGCGGAGUUUCACCUUCUGAUCUAGUACAUAGCUCAUUGUGGUGGGAAGGUCCCAAUUGGUUAAAACAGGAGAAACUCUACUGGCCACAGGCGCAAGAAGUAGUAUUGGAAGAGUUGAAUCGACCCUACCUCGAAGAAGAUUCCACAGUGUCAUCUGUAUGCACAGUCUCCCCACCAAGUGACAUUUUUAGUUUGAGAUCUACACUUCAUCGCUUGGAAAGGCUGGUCGCAUUAUUGAUGAGAUUCAAGCACAAUGCUCUUCAUGUACGCGAAACGAACUGCAAGAUGUCGGGUCCGGUGACACUUGGGGAAAGGGAAACCGCCCUUCUGCAUCUAGUGAAGCUUUCGCAACAGGAGUGCUUCGCCCAGGAGCUUGAAGAUCUUGCGAGAAACAAAGAAGUGAAACUGACAUCUCGCAUCAGAACACUACAUCCUAGGUUGGUUGACGGCGUGUUGCGAGUUGGUGGUCGGUUAGAAAAUGCGGAUAUUACAACGGACAGAAAGCACCCGAUACUAUUGGAUAAGAAUCAUCCGUUGACGACCAUGAUAAUGCGUCGUUAUCAUUUCGAACAUCUCCACGCCGGACCGCAGCUGUUGGUAGCUAGCGUUCGCGAACGGUUUUGGCCUCUCAGCGCUAAAAGUCUGGCUCGCAGUAUUGUUCAUAAAUGUAUCACCUGUUUUCGGAGCAAGCCUACCGUGCACGAGCAGCUCAUGGCAGACCUUCCCGCGGAGAGAGUCACUCCGGCGCCGCCAUUUCUGCGUGUCGGCGUUGACUACUGCGGUCCUUUUUUGAUUAACUAUCCCAAUCGAAGGAAAAUCCCCAUCAAGCAUUACGCCGCAAUCUUUGUCUGCUUGGUGACGAAAGCAGUGCAUAUUGAAAUGGUUGCUGAUCUCACCACUCAAGGUUUUUUGGCCGCUCUAAGACGGUUCGUGGCAAGACGUGGAAAACCCGCUCUCAUUAUGUGUGACAACGGUACCAACCUCGUUGGAGCAAGACGACAGCUGGAUGAACUGACUGCACUAUUUAGGAAUCAAGAGAGUCAACAUUCCAUUUCCUCUGGAGCAGCGGACGAUGGAAUAGCAUUCAAAUUCAUACCUGCCAACUCCCCCAAUUUCGGAGGUUUGUGGGAGGCGGCGGUCAAAUCAAUGAAACAGCAUUUGAAGAAGGUGAUUGGUCUACGGACGGUUGCACCCGACGAACUGAAUACAGUUUUGACGCAAAUCGAAGCGUGUCUUAAUUCCAGACCGCUUACGCAAAUGAGCAACGACCCUAGUGACCUUGAUGUGUUAACACCAGGCCACUUUCUGGUUCAACGACCACUAACGGCAGUGGCAGGACCGUGGUUGCAGCAUAUCUCUGAGAACAGACUCGCCAGGUGGCAGCAGACUGAGGAUUUCGUACAACGAGUGUGGACAAGGUGGUCCACGCAAUAUUUGUCCGACCUUCAUAACAGGACUAAGUGGACAAAACAAAGGAAUAACCUAGCCGUAGGCGCCAUGGUACUGAUCAGGGAAGAUAAUCUUCCACCCCUCAAGUGGCUUCUGGGGCGGGUGACGCAGGUCCUUCCAGGAGCUGACGGAAACGUCAGAGUUGCUAGAGUCAGAACCAAACAUGGGGAGAUCGUACGUGCUAUCUCCAAAAUAUGCAUUCUACCCAUCAGCGACAAUGAGCAACCACCAUCUGGGGAGAACUAG